AUGGAGGCCAAGGUGAGCUUCCACGUGCGGCGCUACCUGCGCGAGUGCGAGGAGCGCGGCGCGCGGCCCAGCGAGGCCACGGUGACCGCGCACCUGCGCGACACGUACGCCGAGUACCAGCGCAAGCCGCAGGGCGCGCUGCGCAAGGUGGUGGCCAAGGUGCUGAAGAAGGCGCAGCCGGCGGUGGAGCCCAGCAGCAAGUCGCCGGGCUCGGAGACGCCCAAGCGCUCGCGCUCGGACAGCGACAGCGACGACGAGCAGCAGAUCCGCGCGCAGGAGCAGCAGCAGGCGGCCUCGGGCGCGGGCAACUCGCUGAACCGCGCCAUCCAGCAGAAUUAUGCCGGGCAGAGUUCUGCCGCCGCUGAGCGCCCCGUCGUCAAGAAGAUCAAGAUCAUCCGCAAGAAGUCCAGGAGGGACGAGGAGGACAAGGAGAACGACGCAGCCGCUGCGGACGAGAGCAAGGGCUUCGUGGUAGAACGCCCUACCACCAGAUACAGCGACGUGGGCGGCAUCCAGGCAAUUCUGCAGGAGGUGCGCGAGCUCAUCGAGUACCCUCUGACCCACCCGGAGGUGUACGCCCACCUGGGCGUAGAGCCCCCACGCGGCGUUCUACUCCACGGCCCCCCGGGAACGGGCAAGUCGAUGCUGGCCCACGCCAUCGCCGGCGAGUGCGGCGCCACGUUCCUCAAGGUCUCGGCGCCCGAGGUGGUCUCGGGCAUGUCCGGCGAGUCGGAGCAGAAGCUGCGCGAACUCUUCGACGAGGCCAUCGCGCGCGCGCCCUCUAUCAUCUUCAUCGACGAGAUCGACGCCAUCACGCCCAAGCGCGAGACGUCCGCGCGCGGCAUGGAGAAGCGCAUCGUGGCGCAGCUGCUCACGAGCGCCGACUCGCUGAGCUUGGAGAACACGGGCGGCAAGCCCGUCGUGCUGAUCGGAGCCACCAACCGGCCGGACGCGCUGGACUCGGCGCUGCGUCGCGCCGGCAGAUUCGACCGCGAGAUUUGUCUCGGCAUCCCGGACGAAGAGGCCAGGGAGAAGAUUCUGCGCGUGCUGGCCAGGAAGAUGACGCUGGAGGGAGACUUCGACUUCGCAGCGCUCGCGCGUCGCACGCCCGGGUAUGUGGGCGCGGAUCUGGUCUCGCUCACGAAGGAGGCGGCGGUGGGGGCGGUGAACCGCAUUUUCACCAACAUCAACGCGGUCAAGACGAUCACGGCGGAGGUGGAUGCCACCAGCGUCUCAGCCGAGACCGAGACGUCGGACGCGGGUACUAGUGACGACGCGAUGGAGGUCGAUGCGACUCAGGAGAAGGCGGCGGAGAAGGAGAAAGACGUGGAGGAGAAGAAGGACGCGCCGUCUGCGGCAGACGACUUGCGCGCGCAGGUGGAGCCCUUCACGGAGGAGCAGUUGGCGCCCCUCAGCAUCACCAUGGCCGACUUUGAAGCUGCGAUCCCGAAGGUCCAGCCGAGCUCCAAGCGCGAGGGCUUCGCUACGAUCCCAGACGUCACGUGGGACGACAUCGGCGCGCUCAACGAAGUGCGCGACGAGCUCUCGCUCGCCGUGCUGCAGCCGAUUGCCCACCCGGAACGCUUUGCGGCUCUUGGUUUGUCCAUGCCUGCUGGCGUGCUGCUGUACGGACCUCCUGGUUGUGGUAAGACGCUGCUGGCCAAGGCCAUCGCCCACGAAAGUGGUGCGAACUUCAUCAGUAUCAAGGGACCGGAGCUUCUGGACAAGUAUGUGGGCGAGUCGGAGCGCUCUGUGCGGCAGGUCUUCCAGCGCGCGCGUGCGUCUUCCCCGUGCGUUGUGUUCUUCGACGAGCUGGACGCGCUCGCGCCUCGACGUUCGAGUGGCUCCGGCGAUGGCGGUGGCAACGGCGUCAGCGAGCGCGUGGUGAACCAGCUGCUGACCGAGAUGGACGGACUGGACGGCCGUCGCAAUGUGUUCGUGAUCGCUGCUACCAACCGCCCGGACAUCAUCGACCCCGCCAUGCUGCGUCCUGGCCGUCUCGACAAGCUGCUGUAUGUGCCGCUGCCGCAAGCCUCGGAGCGCCACCAGAUUCUCAAGACCAUUUGUGCCAAGUGCGCUUUGGCCCCGUCAGUGCAGCUGGAGGCGAUCGCCGCCGACCCUCGCUGCGAGGGCUUCAGUGGUGCUGACCUCAGCGCGUUGGUUCGCGAAGCCGGUAUCACGGCCUUGCGCGAGACCGACUUCUCCAAGCUCGAGGCUGGCGCCACGACUCUAGGAAUCGAGCACCACCACUUCAUCAGCGCGUUCGACCGCGUCUUCCCGUCGGUAUCACGCGCGGACCAGCGUAUGUUCGACCGAAUGAAGAAGAACCUGCGCAAGUCUCGCUCAUCGAUGACCAGGAGCAGCAGCAGCACGACGGUGACCGCAGGUGAUAACACCACUCAGGGUGAGGGAGAUUCCUCCUCGAAGGACAAGACGGACUCGAAGGAUGAUGUCGACAUGACCGAAGGCAAGCAGUAGAGAGAAGAGAUUGUAUUUUUGAGCUUCUGCCAGGACAGUGCUUCCUGACUGCAUAGAAUAUAGCGCCCGCUAACUUAUG